AUGUUACGAUUAGGUCCGCCUCCGUCUCGCUUGAGGGGGGAUAUCAGUCAAAUAAGAAAUCUUGCUAUUGGUAGUUUGAAGAAACUAGCUUCCGGUGACGUUUUUUCGAGAUUAAUGGCAGGCAACCGUACGACCCCAUCAUGUGUUGCUUUCACUGAUGCUGAACGUCUCAUUGGCGAUGGUGCCAAGAAUCAAAUUGCAAGGAACGUCGAUGCAAAGAGGCUGAUUGGCAGAAGAUUCAGCGAUGCCGAAGUGCAUGAUGACAUGAAGUUGUGGCCUUUCAAUGUUAUCGAAGGGACAAGCGACAAUCCCAAUAUUGUGGUUACCUACAAGGGUUAUGAGCAACGGUUUUCUGCUGAAGAAAUUUCAUCAAUGGUUCUUACUAAGAUGAAAGAAGUUGCAGAGGCAUAUAUCGGUGACACUGUGAAAGAUGCUGUGAUCACAGUCCCUGCUUAUUUCAAUGAUUGUCAACGUCAAGCAACAAAGGAUGCAGCCACUAUUGCAGGUUUAAAUGUCUUGCGCAUGAUCAAUGAGCCAACAGCAGCUGCAAUUGCUUAUGGUGUAGGCAAUAUGUCAAGUUUCAAUAGGAAAAGAAACGUGCUUGUUUUUGAUCUUGGUGGUGGCACUUUUGAUGUUUCACUUCUCACCAUUUCAAAACAGGGAACUUUUAAGGUUAAAGCCGUUGCUGGUGAUACUCAUUUAGGAGGUGAGGACUUUGAUAAUCGUAUGGUGACUUAUUGUAUUGAGGAUUUUAAGAGGACAUGGGACUUGGAUGUGAGUGGAAACAAAAGAGCAAUGACAAGGUUGAAAGCCGAAUGUGAGAAAGCGAAGAGAGUUCUUUCCUAUGCCACCCAAACUUCAAUUGAACUAGAUUCCUUCCACGAGGGUAUUGAUUUUUCCAUGAAAAUAACUCGCGCUAAAUUUGAGCAACUUAAUAUGAAUCUUUUCACAAAGUGUAUCAACCAUUUGGAGACAUGUUUAACCGAUGCAAAAAAGGAAAAGGGGAGUGUACAUGAGGUGAUUCUUGUUGGUGGAUCGACUAGAAUUCCAAAGGUCCAACAUAUGUUGCAGGAAUUCUUUGAUGGAAAGGAGCUAUGCAAGAGCAUCAACCCUGAUGAAGCUGUUGCAUAUGGGGCAGCAGUUAUGGCUUCAAAGUUAAGUGGUGGGUAUACACAGAUGUUACAGGAGUUAGUGCUAAUGGAUGUUACUCCAUUGUCACUUGGUAGGGAGAAUGAUGGAAAAAUUAUGUGGGUUGUGAUCCCUAGGAACACUCCUAUACCUACAAAGAAAACCACAGAUAUUCUUACUGUUGAAGAUAACCAAACAUAUAUGGAUGUUAAGGUGUUCCAAGGUGAACGCAGUAGAUCUACUGAUAACUAUUUGUUGGGAUCGUUUACAAUUUCUGGAAUUCCACCUGCCCCUAAAGGAGUCUCGGAGAUUGAGAAAAUGGUGAAGGAUGCUAAGAAGUUUAAGCAUGAGGACAAUGAGUUCAAGAGGAGAGCUGAAGCAUACAAUGCGUUGGAUGAUAUCAUAUAUGAUUUGAAGAAAAAGAUCAAAAGAAAUGAUAUGCCACCAAAGGACUUGAAGAAUGUGGAGAAUGCAAUUGAUGAUACAAUUGAAUGGCUUUCUACUGGAAAAGAUGCAGCUGUUGAUGAGAUUGAGCGCAAGAAGGACUACCUGGACUUCAUUUCUAGGCUUGCAUUUUCUAAUUUGACAACAUUGCGCCGAACCAUCGUCGUCGGACCAUCGUCACCGGUCCGUCGCCACCAGUCCAUUGUCGCUCCAUCACAUCUCCUUCCAAGCAUUCAGAUACUCCGAGAUAACUUCCCUCCAUCAGUACAAUGGUGUUACAAAUUCAUAAUAGACGUUCACCAAUCCGUUGCUUCAACCAAGUCGAUCGAUAGUAAAACUAGAAAAAACUUGAGGUCUUCGGUGAAGGUGAGAUCGAGCUUGGAGAUGUACGUUCCAACGGUCGUUGUAGGUCAGACUCAAUGGUUGGAAAUUAAGCAAUCAGCUGAAGGAACACAAGAAGUUCCUGGACUCUCUGAGGUGCCUAUGUACAAGAUAUAUGAAAUAUGGGAACUGCUCAAAAGCAAGAGUCAUGUCAGAUCUGUUGGAUCUACCAAUGCCAAUGAGCUAAGUAGCCAAUCUCACUGCUUAUUGAGAGUGACAGUUCGUGGGGAGAAUUUGUUGCCUACUUCAAAAGAAGCUGCUCUAGUCAAGAAAGCGCCCAAGUUACUACAUGGUGUCAUAGGCUUGGUAAGAUCCUCAGUUUCAGCAACAUUGCCUCAAAUAAGUUCAAGAUUGGAUGCAGUGUGGGGAAUCCUUUAUAGUUUUCCUAAGGUUCAAACACAUCCUAUUGUUAGCUCUUUGGUCAUUAUUUUGUAUAGCACCUUUCUUGUGUUAUAUCCAACUGACAUCUCAAGUGAAAUUGCUAUGAUAUAUAAUGCAUUGCCUUAUAUGAAGGAGUCUGAAAACUAUUCCAUAAGGAUGCCCAAUAAAUGAAACUUUUCAUUUGAUUACUUCUAUUUUGCUUUUGUGGUGUUAGCAGAUCUAUAAUUCCAUGUAUAAUUUAGGUGGGAAAUCAUUCGUUCUUAUAUGAAGAUUUAUUUGGUUAUUGUUUUUGUAAUAUAAACAUUUAUAGCAUUUUCCUUGUCUUUUGUCUAAUUGGAUAUUAUUAUAUUUCAUUUUGAAAAUGACAUUUAAUAUUUCAAUAAUUUCUUAAUUAU